AUGAAAUUAUCAACUGUCCUAUUAUCUGCCGGUUUAGCCUCGACUACUUUGGCCCAAUUUUCCAACAGUACAUCUGCUUCUUCCACCGAUGUCACUUCCUCCUCUUCCAUCUCCACUUCCUCUGGCUCAGUAACUAUCACAUCUUCUGAAGCUCCAGAAUCCGACAACGGUACCAGCACAGCUGCACCAACUGAAACCUCAACAGAGGCUCCAACCACUGCUAUCCCAACUAACGGUACCUCUACUGAAGCUCCAACCACUGCUAUCCCAACUAACGGUACCUCUACUGAAGCUCCAACUGAUACUACUACUGAAGCUCCAACCACCGCUCUUCCAACUAACGGUACUUCUACUGAAGCUCCAACUGAUACUACUACUGAAGCUCCAACCACCGGUCUUCCAACCAACGGUACCACUUCAGCUUUCCCACCAACUACAUCUUUGCCACCAAGCAACACUACCACCACUCCUCCUUACAACCCAUCUACUGACUACACCACUGACUACACUGUAGUCACUGAAUAUACUACUUACUGUCCAGAACCAACCACUUUCACCACAAACGGUAAGACUUACACCGUCACUGAACCAACCACAUUGACUAUCACUGACUGUCCAUGCACCAUUGAAAAGCCAACAACCACAUCAACCACCGAAUACACUGUAGUCACUGAGUACACUACUUACUGUCCAGAACCAACCACUUUCACCACAAACGGUAAGACUUACACCGUCACUGAACCAACCACUUUGACUAUCACUGACUGUCCAUGUACUAUUGAAAAGAGCGAAGCCCCUGAGUCUUCUGUCCCAGUUACCGAAUCUAAGGGCACUACCACCAAAGAAACAGGUGUUACUACCAAACAAACCACAGCCAACCCAAGUCUAACCGUCUCCACAGUCGUCCCAGUUUCAUCCUCUGCUUCUUCUCAUUCCGUUGUCAUCAACAGUAACGGUGCUAACGUCGUCGUUCCAGGUGCUUUAGGUUUGGCUGGUGUUGCUAUGUUAUUCUUAUAA